AUGGACUUGAAGACCUACAACUCAAAGCUCCUUCUGUCCUCACAGAUGGCUGGUGAAUUAACCGACAAGAACGAUGCAGCAGAUACCUCUGGAGUCAAGGAUAAGGAGUGGAAACGCUAAGGCUCCCCAUCGAAGGACUGGAAACCACGCCAACUCUCUCGUGAACGCAACCGAUCCAAAUCGGCAGAAAGGUUUGAAUAAUGCACUGCUUACUGUUAGUGGGUGCAUGCAAACAAGUAGCCAGAAUAGUUUCGAUCUUUCGGUUGCAGUGAGUACAUCUUCCCAACGAUAUGGCUUGAAAACCGUACCUCAAUCCAGGAAUGGAAGACGUCGCUGUACUCCUAAUAUUCCCAUUAUCCAUUGUGACAGUUAGUUUUUAAUAGCAGAAGCCACAGCAUCCAUUUGGGAAUUGUAUUUAUGACAUUUCCAUAGCGUGACGACGUAGUCCAUACGGAGCCUGAUUGGUUGACUCUCCUUUGUUGUUUAAUGCGACGUUCUAUGUGCCAUUCCAAAAUGGUUGCUGUGGCUUCUGCUACCUAGCAUGAGGACGAAACAAAGGCAGUUUAAUUUUUAAAAAACUAUUUCAGUCUUCUCGAUUUAUCUCUUUGGAUAAUGUGAGAAUUAGGAGUACAGCGACAACUUCCAUCCCUGGAUUGAGGUACGUUUUUCUAGCCAAAUUACACGCCGGUUCCGCGCUGCCCUGAUUAUGGCAGCAGUGCAUUUCGACCUGUAGCGAAGAUGUACUUGCUGCGACCGACCGGUUCUGUCUAGUGAACAAGAUCUGGUAUCUGACUCUAUCUUCCCACUGUAUGUGAAAGGUGUCCAGUGGGUUUCUAAAAAUGUGUAUCACAGGUUGGUAAUAUUUCUAUGUAUCUGACCUUUCCUUCCCCUCCAGAGAUCGCUGUCUGAAGGACAAGGAGAGAGAGAAGGAGCGCGACCGGGACAAGGACAGAGAGAGGGGUCGCAAGGACAAAGACAAGGACAUUCACCGCAGAGACAAAGACCACAGUAAGAAAUCCAGGUGUGUAGGCUUGAGUCAGACUGCUGUUUUUAGUCCCAGGGUGACUAUUCGGUGCAGGCUUGAGCAGAUUACAAGAUCAUUGUGUCCUAAUGAUAUGGUUCCAACUAGAGACGUUAAAAACUUCUGUAGGCAUUAUAAAGAUCUGAUAUUCUCAGCAGAAUGUGUGUAUUUGGAACUCGCCCACUGUGUGCCAUCCAGUAACUGAGUGUGAGCUUUGUGUCUUUAAAACAUCCCUCACGUAAUAUGCAGAGCCAUUUUCAGGGCUUUUUUCUUUACCUUUUCAACUUGAGUGGUUGCUUCUCCUUACAGAAGCAUCUCCCCCAAGUCCAAGGACAGGAUAAAGAGGGAGACGGAGAGGAGGAAGAUGAGAAAAAGAAGAAAUGAAAGGGAAGACAAGGGAAUGGUCUCUCCAAAGCCCAGAUAGCUACCACUUAGUGAUGUAUCUUGAGUUGUGAUGGUGUCUCUCUCUUAGGUACAGCCACAAUCUAGAAGAGCUUCUAGCCAAGAAGAAGGCAGAGGAGGAGGCCGAGGCAAAGGUGAGACCAUAAGAGUGCCCAUUUAGUAGUCUCUGUUUGGUGUUGCAGUGAUGAAGGAGCAAGAUGGGAGUGUAACAAUCAAAAAUCUUAAACUACGUUUCUCCACACAAAAUGUGAAUGUGUUUGAAGUUUAAAACAUCUUUCCCUUUAUUUCUCUCCACCUCGUUUUCUUUCUCUCUCUCAGCCCAAGUUCCUGUCCAAGACAGAACGUGAGGCGGAGGCUCUGAAAUGGAGGCAGCAGCAGACGGAGCAGAGGAAGAAGACUAUCGAUGAGGACAGGAAGAAGAGGAGGAUGUUCCAGGACAUCGGGAGGAAGAUGAUGGGUGAGUAGGAGGGGCUUGGGGUUAGUCAGGAGGAAGAUGAUGGGUGAGUAGGAGGGGCUUGGGGUUAGUCAGGAGGAAGAUGAUGGGUGAGUAGGAGGGGCUUGGGGUUAGUCAGGAGGAAGAUGUAGAGUGAGUAGGAGGGGCUUGGAGUUAGUCAGGAGGAAGAUGAUGGGUGAGUAGGAGGGGCUUGGGGUUAGUCAGGAGGAAGAUGAUGGGUGAGUAGGAGGGGCUUGGGGUUAGUCAGUUGGAAGAUGAUGGGUGAGUAGGAGGGGCUUGGGGUUAGUCAGGAGGAAGAUGAUGGGUGAAUAGGAGGGGCUUAGGGUUAGGAGGAAGAUGUUGGGUGAAUAGGAGGGGCUUAGUGUUUGGAAGAAGAUGAUGGGUGAGUGGGAGAUGGUAAGUCAGGUUGCAACAUUCUGAAAGUUACUGACAUAAAUGUCUUCUAAAGAGCUUAAAUGAUUCCCUAUUUUACAAAUACAUCAUGUAUUUCUAUCUGAACGUUCAGUAACGUUGCACCCCACUGAACAUGGCCUACGUCUCUGGCAGUUUGGUAUCACACUGUUAAACCUCUGGUUAGGUCUCUAACAUUAUUUGAAGGCUUGCAGCCAGGCUGUACGGGUCCCAGAGGACCCCCAGGAAAGGGACAUACGAGAAGGGAGAGAGCGGAUGGAGCGUGAGAACAACGGGGACCAAGAGGACGACGGAAGACAGAAGAUCAGAGAGGAGAAGGAUAAAGGCAAGGAGCUCCAGACCAUCAAGGUUAGUCUGGAGAUUGAGGUUCUACCAUGGGCUGGCUUCAGGAACACAGGUUAAGCCCAUUUCUUGGUUGUAUUCAUUUGUGCACACUAGCAAAACAUAGCAAAACAUUUUGCAACAGAACAUUAAAACAAAGUUUCUUAUUGGCAACGUAAUGUAGUGUUUGAGCAGGUGUACUGUGCCUUCUCACACCUGUCUGUCUCUGUCCAAUCAGGAGCGUUACCUGGGCGGGACUAAGAAGCGCCGGCGGACACGUCACCUGAACGACAGGAAGUUUGUCUUUGAGUGGGACGCCUCUGAAGACACGUCUACCGACUACAACCCCAUGUGAGUCUGCAUAUGACGAUAGUCACAGUUUCACAAACAUGGUGUUACAGAUGAGAUGUGUCCGAAUAAGAUUGCAUUUUUCUGAUACGGCCAUGGUGUGGUAACCCCUGGUUACAACCUUUAACCACUUUGCUCCUUAAAUAGACAUUUGGCUUUCUCCUGUGCACCUGCUCUCUUCUCUCCCCAACUUAUAUCCCUCUCUGCCUGUCUCAGUUAUAAGGAGAAGCACCAGGUCCAGCUGUAUGGGCGGGGCUUCAUAGCUGGUAUUGACCUGAAGCAGCAGAAGAGAGACCAGUCACAUUUCUAUGUCGGCAUGAUGGAGACGAGACGCACACUGGAGGAGAAGGAGCAGGAGGAGUGAGUCAUACACACAUUAACACACCUGACAAACUACCAUGCUCUCUAACAUAAAAUCUUUGUCUUUGAUUUACAGAAACAGCUUCAUUGUCACUCUCUAAUCUCUGCCCUCCCUCUCCCCUCCUGCUGCUCAGGGUGCGGCUGAAGAAGGUGCGUAAGAAGGAGGCCAAGCAGCGUUGGGACGACAGACACUGGUCCCAGAAGAAGCUGGAGGAGAUGGCGGACAGGGACUGGCGUAUCUUCAGAGAGGAUUACAGUAUCACCACAAAGGGUGGCAAGAUCCCCCACCCCAUCAGGAACUGGAAGGAGUACAACCUGCCCCCACACAUCGUGGAGGUCAUCGAUAACUGUGGCUACAAGGUCAGCUGUGAAGACUUCGGAUGCACACACACACGGAUACACACAUGCCCAGUACCCUGCCCUGAACUAGUCACUGUCACUAGCCGGCUACCACCCGGUCCUGGCAUGCUGUCAAUUAACUUCUGGACAACAUCCUGACUGAUGGCAGCCCAUUCUUGCAUAAUCAAUGCUUGGAGUUUGUUUGUCCACCCGCCUCUUGAGGAUUGACCACAAGUUCUCAAUGGGAUUAAGGUCUGGGGAGUUUCCUGGCCAUGGACCCAAAAUGUCGAUGUGUUGGUCCCCGAGCCACUUAGUUAUCACUUUUGCCUUAUGGCAAGGUGCUCCAUCAUGCUGGAAAAGGCAUUGUUGGUCACCAAACUGUUCAUGGAUGGUUGGGAGAAGUUGCUCUCGGAGGAUGUGUUGGUACCAUUCUUUAUUCAUGGCUGUGUUCUUAGGCAAAAUUGUGAGUGAGCCCACUCCCUUGGCUUAGAAGCAACCCCACACAUGAAUGGUCUCAGGUUGCUUUACUGUUGGCAUGACACAGGACUGAUGGUAGCGCUCACCUUGUCUUCUCCGGACAAGCUUUUUUCCAGAUGCCCCAAACAAUCGGAAAGGGGAUUCAUCAGAGAAAAUGACUUUACCCCAGUCCUCAGCAGUCCAAUCCCUGUACCUUUUGCAGAAUAUCAGUCUGUCCCUGAUGUUUUUCCUGGAGAGAAGUGGCUUCCUCGCUGCCCUUCUUGACACCAGGCCAUCCUCCAAAAGUCUUCGCCUCACUGUGCGUGCAGAUGCACUCACACCUGCCUGCUGCCAUUCCUGAGCAAGCUCUGCACUGGUGGUGCCCCGAUCCCGCAGCUGAAUCAACUUUAGGAGACGGUCCUGGCGCUUGCUGGACUUUUUUGGCCGUCCUGAACCUCUCUCCUUGAAGUUCUUGAUGAUCCGAUAAAUGGUUGAUUUAGGUGCAAUCUUACUAGCAGCAAUAUUAUUGCCUGUGAAGCCCUUUUUGUGCAAAGCAAUGAUGACGGCACGUGUUUCCUUGCAGGUAACCAUGGUUAACAGAGGAAGAACAAUGAUUUCAAGCACCACCCUCCUUUUAAAGCUUCCAGUCUGUUAUUCUAACUCAAUCAGCAUGACAGAGUGAUCUCCAGCCUUGUCCUCGUCAACACUCUCACCUGUGUUAACGAGAGAAUCACUGACAUGAUGUCAGCUGGCCCUUUUGUGGCAGGGCUGAAAUGCAGUGAAAAUGUUUUUUUUGGGGAUUAAGUUCAUUUUCAUGGCAAAGAGGGACUUUGCAAUUAAUUGCAAUUCAUCUGAUCACUCUUCAUAACAUUCUGGAGUAUACAGUGGGGAAAAAAAGUAUUUAGUCAGCCACCAAUUGUGCAAGUUCUCCCACUUAAAAAGAUGAGAGAGGCCUGUAAUUUUCAUCAUAGGUACACGUCAACUAUGACAGACAAAAUGAGAAAAGAAAAUCCAGAAAAUCACAUUUAUUUGCAAAUUUUGUUGGAAAAUAAGUAUUUGGUCAAUAACAAAAGUUUCUCAAUACUUUGUUAUAUACCCUUUGUUGGCAAUGACACAGGUCAAACGUUUUCUGUAAGUCUUCGCAAGGUUUUCACACACUGUUGCUGGUAUUUUGGCCCAUUCCUCCAUGCAGAUCUCCUCUAGAGCAGUGAUGUUUUGGGGCUGUCGCUGGGCAACACGGACUUUCAACUCCCUCCAAAGAUUUUCUAUGGGGUUGAGAUCUGGAGACUGGCUAGGCCACUCCAGGACCUUGAAAUGCUUCUUACGAAGCCACUCCUUCGUUGCCCGGGCGGUGUGUUUGGGAUAAUUUUCAUGCUGAAAUACCCAGCCACGUUUCAUCUUCAAUGCCCUUGCUGAUGGAAGGAGGUUUUCACUCAAAAUCUCACGAUACAUGGCCCCAUUCAUUCUUUCCUUUACACGUAUCAGUCGUUCUGGUCCCUUUGCAGAAAAACAGCCCCAAAGCAUGUUGUUUCUACCCCCAUGCUUCACAGUAGGUAUGGUGUUCUUUGGAUGCAACUCAGCAUUCUUUGUCCUCCAAACACGAUGAGUUGAGUUUUUACCAAAAAGUUCUAUUUUGGUUUCAUCUGACCAUAUGACAUUCUCCCAAUCCUCUUCUGGAUCAUCCAAAUGCACUCUAGCAAACUUCAGACGGGCCUGGACAUGUACUGGCUUAAGCAGGGGGACACGUCUGGCACUGCAGGAUUUGAGUCCCUGGCGGCGUAGUGUGUUACUGAUGGCAGGCUUUGUUACUUUGGUCCCAGCUCUCUGCAGGUCAUUCACUAGGUCCCCCCGUGUGGUUCUGGGAUUUUUGCUCACCGUUCUUGUGAUCAUUUUGACCCCACGAGGUGAGAUCUUGCGUGGAGCCCCAGAUCGAGGGAGAUUAUCAGUGGUCUUGUAUGUCUUCCAUUUCCUAAUAAUUGCUCCCACAGUUGAUUUCUUCAAACCAAGCUGCUUACCUAUUGCAGAUUCAGUCUUCCCAGCCUGGUGCAGGUCUACAAUUUUGUUACUGUGUCCUUUGACAGCUCUUUGGUCUUGGCCAUAGUGGAGUUUGGAGUGUGACUGUUUGAGGUUGUGGACAGGUGUCUUUUAUACUGAUAACAAGUUCAAACAGGUGCCAUUAAUACAGGUAACGAGUGGAGGACAGAGGAGCCUCUUAAAGAAUAAGUUACAGGUCUGUGAGAGCCAGAAAUCUUGCUUGUUUGUAGGUGACCAAAUACUUAUUUUCCACCAUAAUUAGCAAAUAAAUUCAUUAAAAAUCCUACAAUGUGAUUUUCUGGAUUUUUUUCUCUCAAUUUGUCUGUCAUAGUUGACGUGUACCUAUGAUGAAAAUUACAGGCCUCUCAUCUUUUUAAGUGGGAGAACUUGCACAAUUGGUGGCUGACUAAAUACUUUUUUCCCCACUGUAUGCAAAUUGCCAUCAUAAAAACUGAGGCAGCAGACUUUGUGAAAAUUAAUAUUUGUAUCAUUCUCAAAACAUUUGACCACAACUGUACAGUUGAAGUCGGAAGUUUACAUACACCUUAGCCAAAUACAUUUAAACUCAGUUUUUAACAAUUCCUGACAUUUAAUCCUAGUAAAAAAUUCCCUGUCUUAGGUCAGUUAGGAUCACCACUUUAUUUUAAGAAUGUGAAAUGUCAGAAUAAUAGCAGAGAGAAUGAUUUAUUUCAGCUUUUAUUUCUUUCAUCACAUUCCCAGUGGGUCAAAAGUUUACAUACACUGCAAAUAUUGACUCUUUGCAUAAACGUAAUGUAAUUGUCAAUAAUAGUAUUUGACGCUUAUGGAAUGCUUGUAAUUAUACUUCACUAUACCAUAGUAACAUCUGACAAAAAUAUCUAAAAACACUGAAGCAGCAAACUUUGUGAAGACCAAUACUUGUGUCAUUCUCAAAACUUUUGAACACGACUGUAUAUACUGUAUUCUAGUCAAGUCCAUCCUAUUCAACUAUUGCUGUACAUAUACUAUUCUAUCCACGUAUUCUUGAGAGAUACUACAUAUUCUAUACAUAUACUGCAAUGUCUCUAAAUCCCAUCAUAUACAAAAAUCCAGAAAAUCACAUUGUAUGAUUUUUAAGUAAUUAAUUUGCAUUUUAUUGCAUGACAUAAGUAUUUGAUCACCUACCAACCAGAAUUCCGGCUCUCACAGACCUGUUAGUUUUUCUUUAAGAAGCCCUCCUGUUCUCCACUCAUUACCUGUAUUAACUGCACCUGUUUGAAUUCGUUACCUGUAUAAAAGACACCUGGCCACACACUCACUCAAUCAAACAGACUCCAACCUCUCCACAAUGGCCAAGACCAGAGAGCUGUGUAAGGACAUCAGGGAUAAAAUUGUAGACCUGCACAAGGCUGGGAUGGGCUACAGGACAAUAGGCAAGCAGCUUGGUGAGAAGGUAACAACUGUUGGCACAAUUAUUAGAAAAUGGAAGAAGUUCAAGAUGACGGUCAAUCACCCUCGGUCUGGGGCUCCAUGCAAGAUCUCACCUCGUGGGGCAUCAAUGAUCAUGAGGAAGGUGAGGGAUCAGCCCAGAACUACACGGCAGGACCUGGUCAAUGACCUGAAGAGAGCUGGGACCACAGUCUCAAAGAAAACCAUGAAUAACACACUACGCCGUCAUGGAUUAAAAUCCUGCAGCGCACGCAAGGUCCCCCUGCUCAAGCCAGCGCGUGUCCAGGCCCGUCUGAAGUUUGCCAAUGACCAUCUGGAUGAUCCAGAGGAGGAAUGGGAGAAGGUCAUGUGGUCUGAUGAGACAAAAAUAUAGCUUUUUGGUCUAAACUCCACUCGCCGUGUUUGGAGGAAGAAGAAGGAUGAGUACAACCUCAAGAACACCAUCCCAACCGUGACGCAUGGAGGUGGAAACAUCAUUAUUUGGGGAUGCUUUUCUGCAAAGGGGAGAGGACGACUGCACCGUAUUGAGGGGAGGAUGGAUGGGGCCAUAUAUCGCGAGAUCUUGGCCAACAACCUCCUUCCCUCAGUAAGAGCAUUGAAGAUGGGUCGUGGCUGGGUCUUCCAGCAUGACAACGACCCGAAACACACAGCCAGGGCAACUAAGGAGUGGCUCUGUAAGAAGCAUCUCAAGGUCCUGGAGUGGCCUAGCCAGUCUCCAGACCUGAACCCAAUAGAAAAUCUUUGGAGGGAGCUGAAAGUCCGGAUUGCCCAGCGACAGCCCCGAAACCUGAAGGAUCUGGAGAAGGUCUGUAUGGAGGAGUGGGCCAAAAUCCCUGCUGCAGUGUGUGCAAACCUGGUCAAGACCUACAGGAAACGUAUGAUCUCUGUAAUUGCAAACAAAGAUUUCUGUACCAAAUAUUAAGUUCUGCUUUUCUGAUGUAUCAAAUACUUAUGUCAUGCAAUAAAAUGCAAAUGAAUUACUUAAAAAUCAUACAAUGUGAAUUUCUGCUUUGUAAGUAGGAAAACCUGCAAAAUCGGCAGUGUAUCAAAUACUUGUUCUCCCCACUGUAUAUAUUUAUAUUCCGGACCCUGACAUUGCUCUUCCUAAUAUUUAUAUAUUUCUUAAUUCCAUUAUUUUACUUUUUAGAUUUGUUUUUAUUAUUAUAUAUUACUGCACUGUUGGAGCUAGGAACAUAAGCAUUUAGCUACACCCUCAAUAACAUCUGCAAAAUAUGUGUAAGCGACCAAUAAAACUUGAUUUGAUGCGCGCGCACAUGCCACCUUUUGGGUCUUCCCCUGAUCAGCACUGAAGCCAUUACUCGCUGUAUUAAAAUGUCUUCCUCUUUGUUUCCCUUGAUACCCAGGAUCCAAUGCCUAUCCAGAGACAAGCUAUCCCCAUUGGCUUACAGAACCGUGACAUCAUCGGUGUGGCUGGGGCUGGUAGCGGUAAAACGGCUGCCUUCCUCAUCCCGCUAUUGGUCUGGAUCACUACCCUGCCCAAGGAUGAAAGGUGAGGCCACAUCUCCCCAGCCAGAGGGUUACCCCUCACUACUCAGCCAACAGUUGCAUGUCCUUCUUUCGAACCACAUCUUCUCACCUCGUCUUUCCCCUGUCCCUGUAGGAUUGAGGACUCGGACCAGGGUCCGUAUGCAGUGAUCCUGGCCCCCACCCGGGAGCUGGCCCAGCAGAUUGAGGAGGAGACCCUUAAGUUUGGUAAACCUCUGGGCAUCCGCAACGUGGCUGUCAUCGGAGGUACUCCAGGGAGGACCAGGGCUUCCGCCUCCGGAUGGGCUACGAGGUCAGACGCUAGAAAACACACACAUACAUACAUACAGCUCUGGAAAAAAUGAAGAGAUCACUGCAAAUGUUUCUUAAAUCAGCAUCUCUACAUGUAUGACAGCCAUUCCAUUCCAGUGUCUGUUGAAUUCAAACACAGGCACACCUCAUUCUACUGAAUUAGGUACUGUUUAGGUGAUCAUCUGAACCAAAUCUUAUUUAACGAGGAAAAGUAUAAAAACCACUGCUGUGGUCAUCACUAUCCUCUUGCAAUAGGACCAGCUGGAUGGCAAAAACAGUGCUAAUAGUACCUCAAAAGUAAUAUUAAUAAAAAAUAUAACUAUUGACAAUGUCAAAAGAGUUGAAAAGGAAAGUUUUGAGUGAGGAAAAGAAGGGUUCAAUUCUGGCUUUACUGGCAGAGGGAUACAGUGAGCGUCAGGUUGCUUCCAUCCUUAAAAUUUAAAAGACGGCGGUUCAUAAGAACAAGGUCAAGCAGCAGACAUUGGGGACUACAAAGCUACAGACCGGCAGAGGGCGAAAACGACUCUCUACUGACUGGGAUGACCGCCAACUCAUUCGAAUGUCUCUCAACAACCGUAGGAUGACAUCAAGUGACCUACAAAAAGAAUGGCAAAUGGCAGCUGAGGUGAAGUGCACGGCGAGGACGGUUCGAAACAGGCUCCUAGGGGCAGGGCUGAAGUCGUGCAAAGCUAGAAAAAAGCCCUUCAUCAAUGAGAAGCAAAGAAAAGCCAGGCUGAGGUUUGCAAAAGACCAUAAGGAUUGGACCGUAGAGGCUGGAGUAAGGUCAUCUUCUCUGAUGAGUCCAAUUUUCAGCUUUGCCCAACACCUGGUCGUCUAAUGGUUAGACGGAGACCUAGAGAGGCCUACAAGCCACAGUGUCUCACAACCACUGUGAAAUUUGGUGGAGGAUCGGUGAUGAUCUGGGGGUGCUUCAGCAAGGCUGGAAUCGGACAGAUUUGUCUUUGUGAAGGACGCAUGAAUCAAUCCACGUACAAGGUUGUCCUGGAAGAACUUGCUUCCUUUUGCUCUGACAUUGUUCCCCAACUCUGAGGAUUGGUUUUUCCAGCAGGACAAUGCGCCAUGCCACACAGCCAGGUCAAUCAAGGUGUGGAUGGAGGACCACCAGAUCAAGACCCUGUCAUGGCCAGCCGAAUCUCCAGACCUGAACCCCAUUGAAAACUUCUGGAAUGUGAUCAAGAGGAAGAUGGAUGGUCACAAGCCAUCAAACAAAGCCGAGCUGCUUGAAUUUUUGCGCCAGGAGUGGCAUAAAGUCACCCAACAUCAAUGUGAAAGACUGGUGGAGAGCAUGCCAAGACGCAUGAAAGCUGUGAUUGAAAAUCAGGGUUAUUCCACCAAAUAUUGAUUUCUGAACUCUUCCUAAGUUAUUUAAAAAUGAACAUGAACUUAUUUUCUUUGCAUUAUUCGAGGUCUGACAACACUGCAUCUUUUUUGUUAUUUUGACCAGUUGUCAUUUUCUGCAAAUAAAUGCUCUAAAUUACUAUAUAUUUUUUUGGAAUUUGGGAGAAAUGUUGUCAGUAGUUUAUAGAAUAAAACAAAAAUGUUAAUUUCACCCAAACACAUACCUAUAAAUAGUAAAAUCUGAUAAACUUAUAUUUUUGCAGUGGUCUCUUAAUUUUUUCCAGAGCUGUACAUACAUACAUACAUACAGUGAGGGAAAAAAGUAUUUGAUCCCCUGCUUAUUUUGUACGUUUGCCCACUGACAAAGAAAUGAUCAGUCUAUAAUUUUAAUGGUAGGUUUAUUUGAACAGUGAGAGACAGAAUAACAACAAUAAAAUCCAGAAAAACGCAUGUCAAAAUUUUUAUAAAUUGAUUAGCAUUUUAAUGAGGGAAAUAAGUAUUUGACCCCCUUUCAAUCAGAAAGAUUUCUGGCUCCCAGGUGUCUUUUAUACAGGUAACGAGCUGAGAUUAGGAGCACACUCUUAAAGGGAGUGCUCCUAAUCUCAGCUUGUUACCUGUAUAAAAGACACCUGUCCACAGAAGCAAUCAAUCAAUCCGAUUCCAAACUCUCCACCAUGACCAAGACCAAAGAGCACUCCAAGGAUAUCAGGGACAAGAUUGUAGACCUACAAGGCUGGAAUGGGCUACAAGACCAUCGCCAAGCAGCUUGGUGAGAAGGUGACAACAGUUGGUGUGAUUAUUCGCAAAUGGAAGAAACACAAAAUAACUGUCAAUCUCCCUCGGCCUGGGGCUCCAUGCAAUAUCUCACCUCGUGGAGUUGCAAUGAUCAUGAGAACGGUGAGGAAUCAGCCCAGAACUACACGGGAGGAUCUUGUCAAUGAUCUCAAGGCAGCUGGGACCAUAGUCACCAAGAAAACAAUUGGUAGCACACUACGCCGUGAAGACUGAAAUCCUGCAGCGCCCGCAAGGUCCCCCUGCUCAAGAAAGCACAUACACAGGCCCGUCUGAAGUUUGCCAAUGAACAUCUGAAUGAUUCAGAGGAGAACUGGGUGAAAGUAUUGUGGUCAGAUGAGACCAAAAUGGAGCUCUUUGGCAUCAACUCAACUUGCCGUGUUUGGAGGAGGAGGAAUGCUGCCUAUGACCCCAAGAACACCAUCCCCACCGUCAAACAUGGAGGUGGAAACAUUAUGCUUUGGGGGUGUUUUUCUGCUAAGGGGACAGGACAACUUCACCGCAUCAAAGGGACGAUGGACAGGGCCAUGUACCAUCAAAUCUUGGAUGAGAACCUCCUUCCCUCAGCCAGGGCAUUGAAAAUGGGUCAUGGAUGGGUAUUCCAGCAUGACAAUGACCCAAAACACACGGCCAAGGCAACAAAGGAGUGGCUCAAGAAGAAGCACAUUAAGGUCCUGGAGUGGCCUAGCCAGUCUCCAGACCUUAUUCCCAUAGAAAAUCUGUGGAGGGAGCUGAAGGUUUGAGUUGCCAAACGUCAGGCUCGAAACCUUAAUGAAUUGGAGAAGAUCUGCAAAGAGGAGUGGGACAAAAUCCCUCCUGAGAUGUGUGCAAACCUGGUGGCCAACUACAAGAAACGUCUGACCUCUGUGAUUGCCAACAAGGGUUUUGCCACCAAGUACUAAGUCAUGUUUUGCAGAGGGAUCAAAUACUUAUUUCCCUCAUUAAAAUGCAAAUCAAUUAAUAACAUUUUUGACAUGCGUUUUUCUGGAUUUUGUUGUUGUUAUUCUGUCUCUCACUGUUCAAAUAAACCUACCAUUAAAAUUAUAGACUGAUCAUGUCUUUGUCAGUGGGAAAACCUACAAAAUCAGCAGGGGAUCAAAUACUUUUUUCCCUCACUGUACAUACACACAUACAUACAUACAGUGAGGGGAAAAAAGUAUUUGAUCCCCUGCUGAUUUUGUACGUUUGCCCACUGACAAAGACAUGAUCAGUCAGUGAGAGACAGAAUAACAACAAAAAAAUCCAGAAAAACGCAUGUCAAAAAUGUUAUAAAUUGAUUUGCAUUUUAAUGAGGGAAAUAAGUAUUUGACCCCUCUGCAAAACAUGAUUUAGUACUUGGUGGUAAAACCCUUGUUGGCAAUCACAGAGGUCAGACGUUUCUUGUAGUUGGCCACCAGGUUUGCACACAUCUCAGGAGGGAUUUUGUCCCACUCCUCUUUGCAGAUCUUCUCCAAGUCAUUAAGGUUUUGAGGCUGACGUUUGGCAACUCGAACCUUCAGCUCCCUCCACAGAUUUUCUAUGGGAUUAAGGUCUGGAGACUGGCUAGGCCACUCCAGGACCUUAAUGUGCUUCUUCUUGAGCCACUCCUUUGUUGCCUUGGCCGUGUGUUUUGGGUCAUUGUCAUACUGUAAUACCCAUCCACGACCCAUUUUCAAUGCCCUGGCUGAGGGAAGGAGGUUCUCACCCAAGAUUUGACGGUACAUGGCGCCGUCCAUCGGCCCUUUGAUGCGGUGCAGUUGUCCUGUCCCCUUAGCAGAAAAACACCCCCAAAGCAUAAUGUUUCCACCACCAUGUUUGACGGUGUGGAUGGUGUUCUUGGGGUCAUAGGCAACAUUCCUCCUCCUCCAAACACAGCGAGUUGAGUUGAUGCCAAAGAGCUCCAUUUUGGUCUCAUCUGACCACAACACUUUCACCCAGUUCUCCUCUAAAUCAUUCAGAUGUUCAUUGGCAAACUUCAGACGGCCCUGUAUAUGUGCUUUCUUGAGCAGGGGGACCUUGCGGGCGCUGCAGGAUUUCAGUCCUUCACGGCGUAGUGUGUUACCAAUUGUUUUCUUGGUGACUAUGGUCCCAGCUGCCUUGAGAUCAUUGACAAGAUCCUCCCGUGUAGUGUUGGGCUGAUUCCUCACCGUUCUCAUGAUCAUUGCAACUCCACGAGGUGAGAUCUUGCAUGGAGCCCCAGGCCGAGGGAGAUUGACAGUUAUUUUGUGUUUCUUCCAUUUGCGAAUAAUCGUACCAACUGUUGUCACCUUCUCACCAAGCUGCUUGGCGAUGGUCUUGUAGCUCAUUCCAGCCUUGUGUAGGUCUACAAUCUUGUCCCUGACAUCCUUGGAGAGCUCUUUGGUCUUGGCCAUGGUGGAGAGUUUGGAAUCUGAUUGAUUGAUUGAUUGCUUCUGUGGAGAGGUGUCUUUUAUACAGGUAACAAACACUCCCUUUAAGAGUGUGCUCCUAAUCUCAGCUCGUUACCUGUAUAAAAAACACCUGGGAGCCAGAAAUCUCUCUGAUUGAGAGGGGGUCAAAUACUUAUUUCCCUCAUUAAAAUGCAAAUCAAUUUAUAACAUUUUUGACAUGUUUUUCUGGAUUUUGUUGUUAUUCUUUCUCUCACUGUUCAAAUAAACCUACCAUUAAAAUGAUAGACUGAUCAUUUCUUUGUCAGUGGGCAAACGUACAAAAUCAGCAGGGGAUCAAAUACUUUUUUCCCUCACUGUACAUACAUACAUACAUACAUACAUACAUACAUACAUACAUACACACAUACAUACACACACACACACACACACACACACACACACAAUAAUAAUGCCAAUAUGAAGACUCAUGUAUGUGACGUCUGCGUAAACGUGUGUGUGUGUUCCAGAUAGUGAUAGCCACCCUGGGUCGUCUGAUAGACGUGUUGGAAAACAGAUACCUGGUCCUGGGUCGCUGUACCUACGUGGUACUGGACGAGGCUGACCGCAUGAUAGACAUGGGCUUCGAGCCUGAUGUCCAGAAGAUCCUGGAGUACAUCCCUGUGACCAAUCAGAAACCAGACACGGACGAGGCAGAGGACCCCGAGAAAAUGAAGAUUAACUUCGAGAUGGGAAAACACAAGUACAGACAGGUAACAGAUUGUUCCACACAUUCAGCUACAGUAGGUGAUGUAUGACAGAGUUAAAGCCUAAACAGAUAAACGCACACACUGAAGAAAAUGUCAGCUUAAGAAGAAAAUUCUCUCUUUCCCCUGCCUUUUCUUCUCUCCCUCUCUCUUCCUUCCUUCCUCCAUCUGUCUGUCUCUUUUUCAGACGGUCAUGUUCUCAGCUACCAUGCCUGCAGCGGUAGAGCGGUUGGCCCGUAAUUACCUGCGUCGUCCGGCUGUGGUGUACAUCGGCUCAGCCGGGAAACCCCACGAGAGAGUGGAACAAAGGGUCCUGCUCAUGGGAGAGGGAGAGAAGAGGUAGCACACACACACUGCUUUCUCUGAAGCUGUAGCUAAUGCUGAGUCUCCCUUGUUUUCUCGUCUUCCAGAAAGAGGCAGCUGGAAGUGUUGGCACGCGGGUUUGAGCCUCCCAUCAUCAUCUUCGUCAACCAGAAGAAGGGUGUCGACGUGCUGGCCAAGUCUCUGGCGAAGAUGGGGGUGAGACCUCAGGCGCUAUUAUUCUAGGAUAUGUUUACCACUCUGACCUGGGUCAAAUACAUCUAUCUACUUUCUCCCUCUCUCCUUGUCUCUCUCAGUACAAUGCUUGCAUGUUUCACGGUGGUAAGGGCCAGGAGCAGAGAGAGUUUGCUCUGUCCAACCUGAAGGCUGGAGCCAAGGACAUCCUGGUGGCCACCGAUGUGGCUGGGAGAGGUAUCGACAUCCACGAUGUCUCGAUGGUGCUCAACUACGACAUGGCCAAGAACAUUGAGGGUAAGACCACCACCAUGACCUUUGACCCUGGGGUCACUCACCUGUCUGUUGGAUUGUUACGUCAUAGCGACUUUACACAGGCUGCCAUUGCACAUCCCUCCAUAUUUGUAGACGGUUUAUUUUUACAUAUUGUGACAUUGCCCCCUCUCCCACCACUCCAGACUACAUCCAUCGUAUUGGUCGCACGGGUCGUGCUGGGAAGAGCGGUGUGGCCCUGACCUUCCCCACCAAGGAGGACUCGUCAGUGUUCUACGACCUGAAGCAGGCCUUCCUGGAGAGCCCAGUGUCCACCUGUCCCCCCGAGCUGUCCAACCACCCCGAUGCCCAGCACAAGCCUGGGACCAUCCUCACCAAGAAGAGACGAGAGGAGACCAUCUUUGCCUAAAGUGCCAGAUCAAGUUAUAUGUAUACACCUCGCUUUGACAUGCCACCCCAUACACACACUGGGUUUUCAGUCUUUUUUUAUCAUGUCUCUCUUUUGCUGGCUCAACAUGUACUGUAUCCCCCUCCUUCCCUCCGUUUCUUCUAUACUUUUCUCAUCCUCUUUCUGUUGCUCCUGUCUGCCUCUUGCCACUCUCCAGUCCUCGUCCUUUCUCAUAACUCCAUAGUUCGUCUUUCUCUUCUGUAUUCCGGCUGCUGUAUGAAAUGUUAGGCUGAUGUUAGGGCCUGGGGGGGUCAUAUGGCUGUCUGGUUUAACUACAGGAGAAUAGAGGGCUCUGGGUCUGAUGUGUGGGGAGGGAAGGUAUGGAACGUCAUGUGAGCUCCAAGUCUACACAUAUUUCAAAGAGGCCCUGUAACCAAACAAAAGCGGCCCCAAAACACCAACACAGAAAAGUGGUAGUGUGAUGUCAUUGUGUAAAAAAAAUUACAAUAUUUGAGUUAUGCCAGUUAAACAAUUGUGUAAAGAGACCAAUACAGUGAAUACCUGGUAGAUGUGAUGUGUUCUUUCUUCAGUCAGCUGGUUAUGAUGAUUAUAUUGGAAUGUGAUGUUUGCUACAUUGAUAUCUAUGAAAUGAAUAAAACCAACUUUGACACCUUAAAACAUUUUUUUUGUUCAUAGCCCUACAAAGGUUCUCUAUC